CUACCGCCGGGCUGUGACUCGAGAGUUUCGCCGCUGUCAGACCCUCAGCGCCCUGGCAGAGAGGGAGGACGCGCUGAAAAGAGGCCAGUUUUUCCUCAGCAGUGGUCUGGGGGGUUUGGUGUAGAAGAGAAGUUAGGGAGUAAAAGAUCGAUGGCAGGAGUGAACGGAGAUCGUAAGGGGAAGAAAGACGACAAUGGGCUUGGCACGGCGAUCGACUUUGUGCUCUCCAAUGCAAAGCUGGUACUGGGAGUCGGAGGGGCAGCCAUGCUUGGUAUCGCCACACUGGCGGUCAAAAGAAUGUACGACAGAGCUCUCAGUGCUCCAUCAAGCCCCACUAAAGCUGACCCAUCAGGACAGAGAAGCUGGGAAGAGCCGAGCUGGCUGGGAUCUUCACCACGCACACUGAACCAUGACAUGAAGCAGAACAUCAGCCGCUCUCUCCAGACGCUUCCCACCUCCUCCAGCUCCUUUAAGCCAGGCUUGUUCAUAACGGAGUGUCUGUUCUACUUACUCAGUUGGUAUUUACUAAAACACUACUCUUUGCGUCGUGUGAUGGGUCAUGGUGGUGGCAGCGGUCCUGGUAAGGCUGAGCUCCAGAGGGCAAGGAUGCGUCUAUCACUACAGGAACACCUUUGGGCCUUCUUUCAUGAGCGAGUGGUGAUCCCCUCAGAAGAGCAGGCUGUGGCUCGACGUGCUGCGUUGGACAUCUGUGCCGAGCUCAGAGUCUUCCUGCACGCCAAACUACCUGACAUGCCCUUACGAGAAAUGUACCUCAGCGGCAGUCUCUAUGACGAUCUCCAGGUGGUGACUGCAGACCACGCCCAGCUGAUGGUACCCAUGAUGCUUGAGAAGAACCUCUGGUCAUCCAUUCCUGGCGAGGACACCAUAAUGAAUAUGCCUGGCUUCUGGCUGGUCCGUCGGGAAAACCUUGAAUACUUCCCUCGUGGGAGCAGCUACUGGGACCGUUGCUUGGUGGGAGGCUACCUUUCCCCAAAGAGCAUUCUGGAAGUCUUUGAAAAGCAUGUUGCUGGGUCCAUCAACUGGCCCGCAAUUGGUAGCGUUUUAGAUUACAUAAUUCGCCCCGUGGUUCCAUCGGAAACGCUAACGUUGGAAGUGCAAUACGAAACAGACCGUCGCCUUUACGUAGACUUCCUCCCAUUGCUUGUUAUGGAAGAUGGAGUCUCGCUGAUCGCCAAACCGCAUCGAUUGGCUGCCGAACGGCACGAGAAUUUGUGGCGUCAGAGUUUUCGAGCAGCAGAGACAGCAAAAUUACGUACGCUCGAUCAGGAAGACGGCGGGUGUCGCUGUGCUUGUCUCAAAGUCGUUAAAGCAGUGUGUAAACUCAAUCCCGCACUGGCGAGAAUAAGCGCAAGCCAGCUCACUAAUGCAAUCCUCCUCCUAAGUGAACAGGAGGGCGAUUGGACUCAGGAAGCGCUAGCUGACCGUUUUUUGCAGCUGCUUCGUGUUCUAGUGGGACACCUAGAGGCUGGGAGGCUACCGUGCACCCUAAAUCACAAAGUCAAUCUUUUCUGUGAGCUAACGCCACAGGAAAUCGAUGAACUGGGUUACACACUCUACUGCGCAUUGUCCGACCCAGAGAGCCUGCUCAGAACUGUUUAACAAAAAUGUGCUCACACACGUCUGCUGUUUGGCCCCUGUGCAAGGCCUAAACACUGAAAUAUACAGUAUAUACCCAAUCAUUUGAGCAUAGUUGAUCUUUCUUUUGUGUCCGGGUAUGAUUAGAUCAAUAACCUCACUCAUUUUUUACAAAUGUGCUUUUGUAUUCAUAUUUUACAUAUUAAGUAUACAAUAAACACUUAAUUUCUCUUGCAAGGAAUACCACCUAAUCUUGUUGGUCAUAUUAUUUAUGGCCUGUCAUAUAUCAUUUAUGCAAAUGUGACUCUCCUAGAGCAGUUUUGAAGUGUCAAUCAAUUUAUCUAGUGGAGAAUCAGAAUCCACAUCAGUGCUCU